CGGGGCCGACGCGCCCAGACGGCCGCGAUGGCGCGGGUGGCCUGUGGGCAUUCCUGGGCGCCCUGCGCCCACCCGGCCGCGGUGGGCUUCUUGUGGCUCUUUUUCAGUACCUGGUGCACAGCCCCUGCUGGUGGCAUCCAGGUGACUGUGUCUGACCCCUACCACGUAGUGAUACUGUUCCAGCCUGUGACCUUGCCCUGCACCUAUCAGAUGAGCUCGACCCUCCCAGAGCCCAUCGUAAUCUGGAAGUACAAGUCCUUUUGCCGGGACCGCGUUGCUGAUGCCUUCUCCCCAGCCAGUGUGGACAACCAGAUCAAUGCCCAGUUGGCAGCAGGCAAUCCCGGCUACAAUCCCUACGUGGAGUGCCAGGACAGUGUGCGCACAGUCAGGGUUGUGGCCACCAAGCAGGGCAAUGCUGUGACCCUGGGAGACUACUACCAAGGCCGGAGGAUCACCAUCACAGGAAAUGCUGACCUGACCUUUGAGCAGACGUCUUGGGGGGACAGUGGUGUGUAUUAUUGCUCCGUGGUGUCGGCCCAGGAUCUCCAGGGGAACAACGAGGCCUAUGCAGAGCUCAUUGUCCUUGGCAGGACCUCGGGGGUGACUGAACUCUUACCUGAUUUUCAGGCGGGGCCCAUGGAAGACUGGCUCUUCGUGGUCGUGGUCUGCCUGGCUGCCUUCCUUGUCUUUCUCCUCCUGGGCAUUUGCUGGUGUCAGUGCUGCCCACAUACCUGCUGCUGUUACGUCAGGUGCCCCUGCUGCCCGGAGAAGUGCUGCUGUCCCGAGGCCCUGUAUGCAGCUGGCAAAGCAGCCACAUCAGGCGUCCCAAGCAUCUACGCCCCAAGCACCUACGCCCACCUCUCCCCGACCAAGACCCCACCUCCACCGCCAGCCAUGAUUCCGAUGGGCCCUGUCUACAAUGGAUACCCUGGAGGGUACGCUGGAGAAUUUGACAGGAAUAGUUCAGUUGGCCACAGCUCCCAGGUACCCCUGCUUCGGGACACAGACAGCAACAUGACCUCUGUCCGCAGUGGGUACAGGAUCCAAGCCAGCCAGCAGGAUGACUCCAUGAGAGUCCUGUACUACAUGGAGAAAGAGCUGGCCAACUUCGACCCCUCUCGACCGGGACCUGGCCCCCCCAAUGGUCGUUUAGAACGGGCUAUGAGUGAAGUCACCUCCCUCCAUGAAGACGACUGGAGAUCCCGGCCUUCCCGGGGUCCUGCCCUCACCCCAAUCCGGGAUGAGGAGUGGGGUCGCCACUCCCCCCGGAGUCCCAGGAGAUGGGAGCAGGAGCCCCCCACAGAGCGGCCAGGGGGUGGCUGGGGGGGCAGGCGGCCCCGGGCCCACUCUGUGGAUGCUCUGGAUGAUCUAACCCGGCCGGGUUCUGCUGAGUCUGGGAGGAGGUCUCCCCCAAGUAGUGGGAGGAGAGGACGUGCCUACGCACCCCCACGAAGCCGUAGCCGUGAUGACCUCUACGACCCAGAUGACUCGAGGGACUUUCCACAUUCGCGGGAUCCUCACUACGAUGACUUCAGGUCUAGGGACCGCCCUCAGGUGGACCCCAGAUCCCGCCAGCACCGAUCCCGAGACUCCCGGGAUGAAGGCUCUAGGUCUGGGGACCCGCAUUAUGAUGAGCGUCUACUAGAAGAAGCCUUAAGGAAAAAGGGGCCAGGGGAGAGGAGGAAACAUUACAGGGAGGAAGAGGAAGAAGAGGAGGCCUACUACCCUCCACCGCCUCCCCCGUACUCGGAGACGGACUCCCAGGCCUCACGGGAGCGGAGGCUAAAGAAGGUGAGCGAAUGGUCCUCCCCGAGGUUAGACCCUGCCCAGGCCCCUCUUCUCAGUCCCUGCCCAGUUUACACUCUUCUUUCUCCUUUGCAGAACUUGGCCCUGAGUCGGGAAAGUUUAGUCGUCUGACCUCAUGUUUUGUAUGUAGUUUUUGUACUUUUUUUUUUUUUAAUUUGAGGGAGUAUUGAUGAAGAUCUUGUAAAUCUAAUAAAAUUGACAAUCAUAAAAGUGA